CUUUUUAUAGAUAAGACCAUUUGUUUUCCUGUUUGAAUGGUUUUACACUAGUCAGUUUGGGAGCACUUUGUAGCUUGCUGUUUCUGCUUAUAAAAACAGUAUUAUUGGAAACAUGUGCUUGCUGUUUAUGUAUUUAAAUGACGAUGAGUGUGGUGAUGGAUACCGUUUAAUCAUCGCCAACAAUCGAGAUGAGCAGUGGGAUAGGCCAACAAAACCGCUGUCAUUCUGGACAGAUAAUGAAUACUGUAUAAGUGGUCAGGAUAUGACUCCAGGAAAAGAAAACGGCACAUGGUUAGGAGUAUCAAAGAAAGGAAGGAUUGGAAUACUACUCAAUAUCUUAGGUGUAAAUGAUCCUAAAAAGAAAGGAAGAGGAUAUUUAGUUAAUGAAUACAUUUCAAGUCAGAAGGAUGGCCAAGAAUACAUCAAUGAAACAAUAAAGCCAUGUUCGAGUAAUUACAACUCAUUCAAUCUUAUUCUGAUGAACCUCAGUUUUCCAAAGACCAAUGGUAUAUGUUGUUCCAAUUUUGAUGGUGUUUUAACUGAAUCAGAUAUUUUAAACGGUAAUAGUCAAUGUUAUUUAUUGAAACUCCAAUUUAUACAUAUUCUUGUUUGUGUUUUUACGUGCGACAAUUCGUCACCAGGAAGACCAUGGCAGAAAUCUGUUCAGAACAGAGAAAGAUUUGGCAAUAUUGUUAAAGAAUGUAAUCACAAAGAAAAGAAAGACCAACUUGUUCAAGAACUGCUUAAUCUACUUACAGAUAGAAAGACAUAUAACAAUGACCAACAGUUAGUCUCACAAGCUGCAGUGUCUAAUAUGGAAAAAGAUAUUAUUUUAGAGAGAAGUGCUUCAUUUGUAUGGACACCUAAAUUGAGAUAUGGCACAAGAACACAUUCCAUCAUUUUAGUUGACCGUGAAGGCAAUUGUGAUUUCAUAGAGAAAACUAUGGCAAAACCAGUAAAUCCAGAUAAUGUGAAGUGGGAAACCAGUUCGUUUAAAUUUAAAUUUUCUAAUUGUACAACCCCUCAUUUAUAGCAUGUUUUAAACAAGAUUGUAGAAAAAAAUAUUUAUUCAUUUAUAUUAAAAUUGAUUAAAUGUUGAUAGACACACUUAAAUUGAUUUAUAUGUUUAUCUUUAAAGCUCAUUUGAACAUAUCGCUUCAGAGACAAAAGAUGCAUUUAGUUCCUCCAAACAGUUGUAUUUUGUUUAAUUAUGAAGGUUGUUAUGAUUCUUAAAGAAGUGAUGUAUUAUACCUAAAGAGAUAGA